AUGUUGCCCACCGCCGCUCGACGAUCUCUCGCUGGUCUCAUCCCCCCAAAGAUCGCUACUCCCGGUGCGGUCUCAUCCGGUACCACUUCUGCUCGAACAGCUCAAGUCAUCGACUUCUACUCCAAACUUCCUAAAGGUCCCAAACCCGAAUCUGAACGAGCAGGCGGUUUGAGAGGUAGAUAUUUUGAGGGAAAGAACGCCAGCGGUAAACCCCUUCUCGCAACCGUUGGUAUCCUCUUCCUCAUCGGCUACACAAUUGACUACAACAUGCAUCUCAAACACCACAAAUCCGGCCACCACUAG